UAGACACAGUAUGCUUUCAGGUGCACUGUCUGUGUGCUUGUGGAAUCUCCAGUUUCUUUGGUGUGUUUGGGUGCUGCAGACACCCCUUUCCUGUCCCACCUCAAACCCCGUUCCUGUCCUACCUCAAGCCCCUUUCCUGUCCCCCCCCAAACCCAAUCGACGGUUUUGCCUGACCUCAGGAUUUCCCAUGUGGCACUACCUGGGCACCUCUACAGGCCAGACUGAGCCUUUCAGCUUUGCAGUUCUGGGGAAGCUUGGGGCAAAUCAGUGGGGCAAAGAGUGAAAACACACAUUAACCUCUGCCCAUUCUGCACAGUGUCCUCUGCACACGACCUUGUUCUGUUGUCCUGGAUCUGUCAUCGCUGCCAUCUCCACUCACCAUGAACACAAAUGUGCAUUUUGUGCUUUAGUCCACCUACCUGUAGUUCAGCCAGGCUGAACCAGAUUUUCUUGCUCCUGUUUGAAAUAUGCCUUAUAACCUUGCAAGUUUUCAGAAGACCACUGUGUUUCACUGGGAUAAGGAAUAUUGCAUCUGCUUCAUAGUAGGAGGAUGUUGUAUGUGUUACAGCUUAACUUUGUUCUACUUUACACCUAGAUAAAGGAUGAAGACUGUCUAUACCAUUUUGAUUACCUCUUCUAGGGUUCAAAGAAAAUCAUUUCCCCUGACCUCCAUUUGCUAAUGGCUCAGCUUGAUCUAACUGGCACACAGAUAAACGUUCUGUUAAACAAAAGUUACAGUAGCAGAAACCACCUCAAUGCCCCAAGCUCCUCAUCCCGCGUUGGUGGCUCUCUGUGACCAGCCAAAAGCCGAGCAACGCAGUCCUCAAUGCUGCUCCCGAGGAGUUUGGGUGUGAAUGGACAGUGCUGCCAGCCCUGAGAGAUGAGACAAAGGACCCCGCACCUCGACAGCUCUGCGAGCUCCAAAGAUGAGAGUCCUGCACACCGAGUUCCGUGCUUUGUCUCCAGACUGACCUUCGUUCCUGUUAAGCUCGCCUCACUGCUGGUCACGAGUUUUGCUUUUGGGAUUUAGACCACCUCACUUUUACCCCCCGUUUUACACAAAGACUGUUAAUAGGACUGUUAGUGGAAUGAGCAAAGCCAGUUCUCGCAGGGUUUAACUUUGUACCAAUAGCACCUUUUGCCCCAGAAUGCCUUACCAAUGCCACCUAGCACGCGUGUCCCAGUGUACGGCGUGGCCUGACGUUUCCUCUGGCUCAGGCACCACCUCAGCCUCCCGAGCUGACUUUUAGGGACGUCUCCACACGUAGCAUCUCAUCCGAGGAGUCAGACACCACCUGUCUGCCGGCUGCGGGAGCUCUCCGUGGAUGCGCUCGGAGCUAAAGACAGCACGCGUGCAGCCCGCGGGCCGAUGCCGUCCAGCUGAGCUGCGGAGGCGCCCGAGGGAUGGCGCAGGGAGGGGAGGCUGGCGCUCCUCCCGUGCGGCUCUGGGUGCGGCGCGUGGGGGUUUACUGCGAUGAGCACCGCAAAACCUGGCUCGUGGCUGCAGAAGAGGAGGAAGGUAUGCUGAGGGCUCGGAUCCAAAGAGUUCAGGUUCCCCUGGGUGAGGCGCUGCGACCCAGCCAGCUCCCCCCAUCCCGGCUGCCUCACAUGUGGCAGCUGUCCCAGGGUGAGCAGUACAGGGAUAGUAACUCUCGCGUUUGGGAGAUAGAGCACCAUCUCAUGUUCCUCAACAUGUCCCGGAAGGAUCCCUGCCAGAAACAAGCCUGUGAAAUACAGAAGUGCUUGCAAGAGAACAACUACCUGGAGUCCAAGUGUGAAGCUGUGCUUCAGGAGAUGCGGAAAUGCUGCGCUCGGUACCCCAAGGGCAGAUCCGUCUGUUGUUCAGGGUUUGAGAGAGAAGAAAGGGAGAGAGAAAAGGUUAAGUUGACUGCAGAAGGAACUUCCCCACCACCUCAGUAACACAAUGCAGCUCCAGCAGGUGCUGGAGCACGGACUCACUUGAAGAGCUCGUGUGUGUUUUUUCAAGCCUUCUUUAGACUUUCAGAAAAGCCAGAUUGCUCCUGGAACACACCGUUCAGCACACCAAAAAGCAUUACACAGUACCAACAUAUGGCCUGGUUAAGAAACUUUAUUUUCUGUACGAAAACAUAAUCUAUGUUGCCUCUGCAUCACACCUGUGAAAUGUCAACUUGAUGUUUUUAGGAUGCUUACCUUACUCUAAUCCAUCCUUGCUCUAAAAAUGGAGAAUUGGAACCGAGUUA